UAUCCUCUUUUUUGGGUACCUUGAGGGGGACGACAAAUGUCGUUCGCAUAUAUUUGUUACACCACGACAUUUCGCUCAAAAAUCGGAAUUGUACCUCCGUAGGUCGUGUUUACACCAUGCGGUCCUCAUCGUUCCGUACCCAAGGGAUAGGCUAUAAUCUCAAAGAUACACAACAAUUCUAAAUAGAAUAGUGAUUUCGUUGAUUGAAUUUGAAAAACAGACACUCACUGCAGAACUAGAGGAAUAUUCCAAUCUACAUUCUUUGUUUUUUCAUUCUUGAUUGCAUUUAGGUUAUUUCAUUCCAACCCCUAUAACUUAUCUAAUAUUCAUAUCCCAUAAACAUCCUUAGAAAUAUGUCUGCCAUUUCAAAGACUGCCAAGUUGGCUGCUCAAGCCAUCAAGACUUCUUCUACUGCCAGAACUCUUCAAGCCGCUGGUCAAUACCAAGCCUUGAGAAUGACCGGUGAACGUACUGCCUCCCUGGCUUCUGGUCCAAAGACCAUGACUGUUAGAGAUGCUUUAAACUCUGCCAUUGCUGAAGAAUUGGACCACGAUGACGAUGUCUUCCUCAUGGGUGAAGAAGUUGCUCAAUACAAUGGUGCCUACAAGGUUUCCAGAGGUCUUUUGGACCGUUUUGGUGAAAGAAGAGUCAUUGACACCCCAAUUACUGAAAUGGGUUUCACCGGUCUUGGUGUUGGUGCUUCUCUUGCUGGUCUUAAGCCAAUUAUUGAAUUUAUGACUUUCAACUUUGCCAUGCAAUCCAUUGAUCAUAUUGUUAACUCUGCUGCCAAGACUUACUACAUGUCUGGUGGUACUCAACCAUGUAACAUUACCUUCCGUGGUCCUAACGGUGCCGCUGCUGGUGUUGCUGCUCAACAUUCCCAAUGUUACGCUGCUUGGUACGGUUCCAUUCCAGGUUUAAAGGUUCUUUCUCCUUACUCCGCUGCUGACUACAAGGGUUUGCUUAAGGCUGCUGUUAGAGAUCCUAACCCAGUUGUUUUCUUGGAAAACGAAAUUGCUUACGGUGAAUCUCAUGAAAUGCCAGAAGAAGCUCUCUCUACUGAUUACGUUUUGCCAAUUGGUAAGGCCAAGAUUGAAAAGGAAGGUUCUGAUAUCACUUUGGUUUCUCACUCUAGAAACGUCAUGCACUGUCUCCAAGCUGCUGAAGAAUUAGAAAAGCAAUACGGUGUUAAGGCUGAAGUUGUUAACUUGAGAUCUAUUAAGCCAUUGGAUGUUGAAACUAUCAUCAACUCUGUUAAGAAGACCAACCACUUGGUCACCGUUGAAGCCGGUUUCCCAGCUUUCGGUGUCGGUUCUGAAAUCUGUGCUCAAAUCAUGGAAUCUGAAGCCUUUGACUACUUGGAUGCUCCAGUUGAAAGAGUCACUGGUUGUGAAGUCCCAACUCCUUACGCUAAGGAAUUGGAAGACUUUGCCUUCCCAGACAGAGAAGUUGUCAUGAGAGCAUCUAGAAAGGUUUUGGGUUUGUAAACUGGAAAUGAUAUUAUUUGAAAUAGAAAUGAUGUAAAGACUUGUCUAUAUAUAUAUAUAAAAAAACCUUUACUAUAAUAUAAAAUGUACACAGUAAUUAC